GCGUGAGCGGCGAAAGCCGGGAGGGCGAGCAAGAUAGCGAGCAGGCACCAGGCAGCAGGCGGGCGGGUGGACCGCACGGAGGGAAGGUGCGAACGAACAGUGAGUGAGCCAGCGAGGUCGGCCGCGUCCCGAGAGCAUCCGAGAUUCCUCCCGUCCCUCUGAUCCCCUCCCCGGAGCCCACAGCGCCUCCGGUCUCCAGCGGAGCGGACACGGCCCGACCCGGCCAUGGCCUCGUUGCUGAAGGUGGAUCAGGAAGUGAAGCUCAAGGUUGAUUCUUUCAGGGAGCGGAUCACAAGUGAGGCAGAAGACUUGGUGGCAAAUUUUUUCCCAAAGAAGUUGUUAGAACUUGAUAGUUUUUUGAAGGAACCAAUUCUAAACAUCCAUGACUUAACUCAGAUCCACUCAGACAUGAAUCUCCCGGUCCCAGACCCCAUUCUUCUCACCAAUAGCCAUGAUGGACUGGAUGGUCCUACUUACAAGAAGCGAAGAUUGGAUGAGUGUGAAGAGGCCUUCCAAGGAACCAAGGUGUUUGUGAUGCCCAAUGGGAUGCUAAAAAGCAACCAGCAGCUGGUGGAUAUUAUUGAGAAAGUGAAACCUGAGAUACGGCUGCUGAUUGAGAAAUGCAACACGGUCAAAAUGUGGGUACAGCUCCUGAUUCCUAGGAUAGAAGAUGGGAACAACUUUGGAGUGUCCAUUCAGGAGGAGACCGUUGCAGAACUAAGAACAGUUGAGAGUGAAGCUGCCUCUUAUCUGGACCAGAUUUCUAGAUAUUACAUUACAAGAGCCAAAUUGGUUUCUAAAAUAGCUAAAUAUCCCCAUGUGGAGGACUACCGCCGCACCGUCACAGAGAUUGAUGAGAAAGAAUAUAUCAGCCUGCGGCUCAUCAUUUCAGAGCUAAGGAAUCAAUAUGUCACUCUACAUGACAUGAUCCUGAAAAACAUCGAGAAGAUCAAACGGCCCCGGAGCAGCAAUGCAGAGACACUGUACUGAGGCCAGGGCCAGGGCCAGGGGACUCUGUGAGUCUGGCUCAAGACCGACAUUGCCUUGGUUUGUUACACAACUAUCGUGAUGGGGAAACUGGCUGGAAAUAGUAAUCACACCUCUCUCUGUUUUUAGUUAGAGUCUAAUGAAACUCUCAUGUAGUUCUGU